CAGCUGGUGUAGUGCUGACAAAAGUGUUGACGAGUGAGUGCGCGGGACAAUUGUUGAAAAAGGAUAAUAUUAUUAUAUAACAGUAAAAAUGUUACUGAAGCUGAUUUGUGUAAUCGCAUUGACACAAUCACUGGUGUCAGCUGCGCCCAAGAAAAAAGUAUCAGAGGAACAUGUUGCUGCGUUGUUUGUAAAGGACACUGAUAACGGUGAGCUGCGCUUCUUGACCGGCACCAGCAACGUCAACCAAUUGAUCACACAAGGGCAGGAUUUUCUUGAACAACUGCGCCCAAACAGUGGCUCCAAUAAUAUUCAACCAAUUUAUAUAAAUUUGAAUGGUGGCGGCAUUCAGACUACAUCACCCACUGGUACUGGUGGGGGUGGUAGUGGUGGAGGUGGUAAUGGUGGUGGUGGUAAUGGUGGUGUUUUGGGUGCCGUUGCUUCUAAUGGUUCACCAGUUGCUGGUCUAUUACCGCAAAUUGUUGGUCAAGCUGUGGCGGGCGGAGGAGCAACCAACACAUCGCCAACCAACACAUCGCCAACCAGCACAUCUCCAACAAGUACGGCUACAGCAGGAAAUAGGCGUCGCAUAAUUAGACGUGUUAAUAAACGUCGUCAAGGUAACCGUAAUACAAGCAAACGUCGUCGUAAUCGCCGUCGCCCUGCUAAGGGAAAUAAACAGUAUCCUAAAGUUGUAGUAGUGCGGCCACAACGUGGUUGACACACGCUAUAGAACUGAAUUUUAGAGAGGAAAAAUGUAUCGAUGAUGAAGGAAACCAAUAAAGUCUUUAAUUUAAUAAAGUUUGGAGCAAAC